AUGAGAGAGAAACUGCAGAAGGUGGAAGACAUCAGGAAGAAUGUUCGCGAUGCCAUAGUGACCAUAACCGGGAACAUGACAGUCCUGAAUCCUCCUGUGGCCUUGGAACAUCCAGAGAAUCAAUGGCGGGUGGACUAUCUCCAAAUCGUCGCCUCUCAGCCGGAUUUUAAUUAUCCUCCUGAAUUUUUUGAACACUGCAAGAUCCUAUGGGAGGAUGGAGGUGUUCGUGCUUGUUACGAGAGGUCAAAUGAGUAUCACCUCAUCGAUAGUGCUGAAUAUAUGUUUGACGUGGGCGGGCAACGCGGAGAAAGGAGGAAGUGGAUUCAAUGCUUCAAUGAAGUGACAGCUAUCAUUUUUGUCACCGCCUGUUCUUCUUAUAACAUGGUUCUCAGAGAGGAUCCCAGUCAAAACAGGUUGAAGGAAUCCAUAGAGCUCUUCACAAGCAUCUGGAACAACAGGUACGAUACGUAUCGGUGGCUGCGGACGAUUUCCACGAUUUUGUUCCUGAACAAGCAGGACAUACUCAUGGAGAAGGUCGCAGCACGGAAGUCUCCAAUAGAAGACUGGUUUCCAGAUUUUGCCUCGUACCAUAUCCCGCACGAUACCAAGGUCGAGGAGGGCGAAACGCCUCAAUUCGUCCGCGCCAAGUAUUUCAUCCGCGAUGAAUUUCUGGUAUGA